UCCACUUGUAUGUCCCUCUACCAUCCAGAGGCGGUAAUCAUCCAUCAGUAUUCGCUUGUGAAGUUUGUCUUCCUGUCGCCAGAGGUGUUGGUCCCAUUGCAGAAGUGAUGGCGGUGGUGAAGGGAACAGCGCGCCUACCAUGUGACAUUGUUCCUCCUGUAUCUAACGACUCAGUGUUCCUUGUCAUCUGGUACAAAAACGACAUUACUCCCAUCUACAGCUUUGACGUUCGAGGGAAGCACUCCGAGGUGGCUUCUCACUGGAGGGAUAAGGAGAUCCUGGACGAACGCGGGUACUUCCUUACUGUCACGGACCCCGCCACCCUGUCCCUGAACAACGUGGACGAACGUGAUGAAGGGGAGUAUCGUUGUCGUGUCGACUUCCGGCAGUCCCCCACCCGCAACUCCAAGGUCCGCCUCACUGUCAUCACUCCUCCCAUGAAUCCGACAAUAUUUGACGACAGAGGCAAGGAGGUUCCAAGUGUUGCAGGUCCUUACGAAGAGGGACGGGAAAUGAAACUGCUGUGCAUGGUCUCGGGUGGUCGACCCCUGCCCACAGUCCGGUGGUGGCGUGAUGCCGUGCUAGUGGACAGCACGGACGAAGAGUAUGCUCACCCUGGUAAAGUGAAGCAUAAUCAAUUGAUCGUGCCCGAGCUGAAGAGAAACGACCUGCACGCCGUUUACACCUGUGAGGCGUCCAACAACAACAUCAGCCAGCCAGUACGUGCUUCAGUCAGCAUAGAGAUGCAUUUUAAACCUCUGAGUGCAUCAAUACUGAGCAGCAACCAGCCUCUGUCGGCGGACCGGAAGUACAAUAUCGAAUGUCAGUCUGUAGGAUCACGUCCUGCUGCCAAAAUUACGUGGUGGAUGGAUACAAAGGCACUGGACACUUACGUGGAAAAGGUGUCAUCAGAUGGAAACAUAACGUACUCAACUUUGACCUUCACCCCCACGCUUGCAGACCAUGGAAAAACCUUGACAUGUAGAGCAGUCAAUAAAUUUAUUGACGCAGCUGUCGAGGAAGAUUCAUGGAAACUGAAUGUAUUUUUUGUCCCUAUGUUGAAACUGGAGCUAGGACUAAAUCUCAACCCUGAUGACAUCGAAGAGGGCGAUGAUGUGUAUUUUGAGUGCAAAGUUCAUGCCAACCCCUGGGCUUACAAAGUCGUCUGGAAACACAAUAGUCAGACGGUCCAGCCUAACCAGAAGGGUGGAGUAAUUAUGAGCAACCAGGCUCUAGCCCUACAAGGAGUGCGACGCCAGCAAGCGGGGAAUUACACCUGCAUCGCAUCUAACGUGGAAGGCGACGGAGAGAGCAACACUGUGGAACUCCGUGUAAUGUACAAGCCGAUCUGUCGGCCAGAUCAGAAGCGUGUGUAUGGAGUAGCACGCCAUGAGAACGCCCAUGUGGUAUGCGAGGUAGAGGCAUACCCCCCGCCCGAUACUUUCAAAUGGUCCUUCAAUAACACUGCCGAAACAAUCGACGUGCCGCAGGCUCGCUACAGAACAGCCGCCGCUACGGGAGGGUCCACAACUUCGCAGUCGAUGCUUACCUACACUCCCAUGACGGAGAUGGACUACGGGACUGUCAUGUGCUGGGCCGGCAACACGGCCGGCCAACAGAAAGAACCCUGUGUCUUCCACAUCAUUGCAGCAGGUCAUCCAGACACACCAUUCAACUGCACUCUGCUCAACCAGACAACAGAGUCGCUGGAAGUGGACUGUGUGGAAGGUUUUGAUGGUGGGCAGCCACAGUACUUCCUGCUCGAAGUGUUCGACAUGCAGACAGGCCAACUGCAAGCCAACGUUUCCUCCAAGUUCCCUGUGUUUAGUGUCAGUGGGCUGGGACCAGGCAUGGUGCUCAAGAUGUUGGUCUACGCCGCUAAUUCCAAGGGCAAGAGCGACCCUGUUGUCGUCGAGGGCUUCACACUCAAAGUUGCCGAGAAACAAACUGGAACCCCAGUGCCAUUUGAGCUGAAUCCGGUCCUGGGAAUCCUGAUCGGCGUUGUAGCUGUGCUCCUUGUGGUCGCCAUAGUUAUUGUGGGAGCACUGCGGGUACGGGCACAGAACAGAGGCAGUCCCUCACGUCCCGGGGACUUGGCGCUUAAAGAGAAAGCUGCACUUCCUCUCCGCUCCGACGUCGAGGACUUGUACGAGAUGGACGACAAGAACCCUGACGUCAUACCCUGCAAUAAAGACUCCGAUUAUCAGUUGGUGUCUGAGGCUCAGACGCCUGGUCUCAAUAAUCAGACGCCGCCUGAUUUGCCCUCUUACGAUGAACAUCCCAAACGCAACAAUGUCUCUAGGAACGGAGACCUUUUCGAAAACUACAAGAAUAGCCGCGACAGAUAUCCUCCAACGGGUCAUCCGUCAUCAGAAGAAGUCACAUAUGCAGAACUCUGCCUAACAAGACCUACAACUCUUCAGGAUCCAACACUUGGUGGUGGCAACUGUAAAGUUAGCAGUGGGGUGGUGUUGGGUGGAGUUGGGGGUGCUGCAGGUGUCGUAAGGGGCAGAGAAGAGCCAACUAUCUAUGCUCAGAUUGAUCAUACACGUCGCCCUCAGCCGCCACCCCCUAUACAACAGGGAUGCAACACUCCACAGCUCACUGCACUCUCCCCCUUGGUGUCACCCGUCACCUGCGCUCCGCUCACACACCCCUCCAUGCUCCAUCGCGAAAUAGUCACCGUCAGGACACCGCUCAUGUCCAGCCAGCAAGAAAGUUGUGUAUAGCCAGGUUACUUAGUAACAGGACGAUACUAAAACUAUAGCAACACGGACUGAUGGAGAAAACGUUUGGUACCUACUGGAUUUUCUGCUAGAAUUUUUUAAUCGCAUGUAAAGUCAAUAUGAACACGAAUAUUUGUUUAAUGACAAAAGUAACAUUAUAAAAUUUGUAGUGCAGAAAACUAUUAAUAAUAUUGUUACAGCAAGACUAUCUUUGCCUAAAACGAUAUGAUUAUAAACUGAAAAUAAUGAUAAUCUGACUGAAAAAUCUCCUAAUGAAAGUACACAAAGAGAUACGUCCCAUUUGCAUUUUAAAUUUUCAGAUAUUUCCCAACUCUAUCAGAUUCUUUCUUUGAGACGUCUACUGAAUGUAUUUAUUUACGAUUGUUAUGUUCUAGCAAUCAUUUGCCAUUAUAAAGGAAAAUAAAUCCACGCCUAAGCUUCUAUCAGAUGUAAUAGUAGGAAUAAAAAAAUAUGUUUUGAAGUUUAUAAUUACAUAUCUCUCUUAAUUCACGCACAAACAAUUUUGAAUUAGAAACUAGAAUCAUCGAUAUAAGAGUUGUUUUUUUUUCAAUGUGUGAUUUAUAUGUUAUAACGCGGGAAGUGUUAAACUUGCAGUGCCAGUAUUAUGAUGCUCAUGAGUAGCAGUAUUCAGGAUGUUAACACUGGAUCUUCUGUGCUCUCAUAGAGCAGAAAUGUAAUUCAUACAGCCAUAUCGAGAAAUUUAAAUUAUCGUAUUGAAAAUCAGUGUGACUGUUAAAUUUCAAGCUCCGGAGCUUAAAAUUAAUUUCUAAAUUAAAACAAUCAGACCGUUCUUAAUCGAGCGAGGGUCACCAGAGACACAGGCCAAAAAGUUGCAUAAUUUUUAUUAUUAUACAUUUAUAGAAAUUUUAAACACUUUGUUUGAACUCAUUCAGUUAAUUAAGAACACCGUUUACUUGAAGUGAUUGUUGAUAAAUACAUAGUGUAGAUGUCUUACAAAUUCUGAUAUUUCUACCAUUUUUUGGUGAUCAACGUUGCCACCAUUACCAGUAACCCCAGUUGAAUAUUAUCUCUCAAUGAUAUUUUAAUUCAUUUCCAGGUUUGACACUGAACUUUUCUGAUCGUAAAGGAUUUAAAAGUAGGUGAUAUUUCCUUUCACUUUCACAGGGUGCUCCUUGUUGUGUGUCAUAAGCAUAUGUUUGGUUAUCUGUGUUGAUGGAUAACCUUACCAAACAUUUCCUUUCAUGUUUAUUGAUGUAAACUGGCAACACUUUGCAGGAUCAUUUGAUUUAAUACUGUCACAAUCCCCCACAUGGUUACCUGAGGGAAUGUGUUGUAAGGAGACACUUCUGAAAUGGACACAUAGUACUUCUGUAUAGCAUUAUUCUCGAUAAUUUUGAACAGAGAAUUGAAACCUGUGAGUCCAUAUUCAUUACUGUUAUCUUUUUUUAAUUUUCCAUGAAGGCUCAGCUUGUAGUGUGUUUACAUACGCAGUAAACUGUUGAGCUGAAAUAUUAAAUUAGGUCAUAUAUUAGAUCCAUUCAUCAUAUCAAAUAUCCACUAAUUGUGUAAACGUAAACUAUUCAGGCAGAAUGGCAUCAAGAAAAUCACUUAACAGAACAAAAUUCUCAACCCAGUAAAGCGGGGCAGUAUAUUAAAAUGCAUAUAUAUUUCUGUACUAUUUCAAAUUCUAUCAUUUCCGACUGAAUCAAUAAAUGUUUGACAUAAAAUCGUUCAUAUUACAGGAAAAUUCUUCAGUUUCAAUAUAAAUUUACAGUGGUUAUGUUAUGCUACAGAAUACUACAAAAUGUUCAUAAUGUUACGUUUGUAAUUUAACCAGUGUUCUCAAUAAAUGAUUAUGUAUGAAGUAGUAUAAAAUGGAAACUUCCAGAACUUUUGCAAGUAAAGAAAGAAUUUUCAAGUACAUAAGAUACAAAAUGUGCAAAAUAUUUGCUGUGCUGAAUUUUACAGAGAUACUCGUAUUUUACACGACUUCUUUAUUAACCGUAACAACACAACAAAUAUCAAGGUCAAUGCCCAGCUACGGCUCUGCCGUAUUUUAAGUUAUAAUAGUACUAAUCAAGAAAGCCAUACAAAAAUGUCACUGAAUUUACGUCAAGAUAAUUGCAUACUGUUAUUUCAGAGACAGAGUGAAAAUAUAUAUGAAUGAAUAAGCAGUAAUUAAUUAAUUGUUUUAAUAAAAUUGGCCUACAAUAAUAGUGCUUCAAUAACAGAUACAACGUACAUGCUAUAGCUGAAUCCCAUACAAAUAGCAAUUUCGUAUGCUAUAUUAAUUUAAUUUUUUUUCAAUAAUCGGUGUUUAUUAAUAAUGCAAGAGCAACUACUAAGUUUUGUUAACAUAAUGGCAUUUACUUUGUAUGUGUUUUCUUUAAUUGUUCUACUAAUUUUAAUGUGUACAUUUGUGCUGGAUGAAUGAUUCAAUUUUUGACAAACGCCCAGAACAUCUAGAUGAUCCUGUAACUUGGUAAAACGCACAUAGAUUUGUUCCACAAUUUGACGUGAUACUACCAGAUGGGACUAUUUGUUCAUAAUGAAACUCUGAACUGAAGUCUACUUCUUCCAUUCUUCCAAGAGAGUUGAAAGUUGAACUGUUAUAAAACGAGGAGGUUGCAUGAAAAAAAAAACAUUGACAACAAUUUUAAAAAUGAUUUUAGUGUAAAAUACUUAAUCCCGUCCAUGAAGGGAAUUAAUUUUUGAGCGAAUUCGCUAUAUUUUUCCCUUGUACAUGUAUACUUAAUCUAUAAAUUAUUGAAGGAAGACAUUGAACAAAACGUUAAGUAUGAUUUUUGCCUAGUAUAUUCCAUCUUUUGAGGCCUAUCCUCGUUCACAUUGAUGUUAAACUUGACUGUUGUUCUUGUCGAGGUAAGUACAUAUUUUCCGAAGUGAACAGAGAAGUUCAUGGAGGUAGGCCUAGGCCCACUGGGGCUGUAGUGUCAAGGAAAAAAAGUACAUAUUUUAAUAAACUGUGAUUAUGAUUUGUUUGCAUAUUUAUGUUCAUACUCAUUCCAAAACACAACUAAUAAUCCUGUCAACAAAAUAAAUGUCCUCAUACUAGAGACAUAUAACUUUACAUUUUCAAGAAGGUAUAUAUAGGACUUCGAAUUACAUUUCGGCCAUAUUGUUGCAUUACUGUUACUUUGAACUUGCAGCAGGAUUGAGGUAACAAAUUUUGGUGCCCUGUAUAUGUUGUUUUGGAUAUAAUUCUGUAUAUUUAAUAAUGCAAACAACAUGGAAAUUAUGUGUAAAUAAACUGUGAUCUUUGUCUGACAUAGUAAGUCCAAUUGCAUCUAUGUGAACAGGAAUUAUUAAAAAUAAGAAAAUAUCUCAUUUUAAUUUUGAAAUUCCAUAUAACUCUUACAUGUGGCUUCAGAACUGCCCAGUAUAAAUAAGCUUAUAUUGACACAUUUGAUUAUAGUAAAAUAAACAAGGAAAUUAAAGAGACCUAGACAAAUAAUACAUAUAUAUAAAACAUCCAUUUCUUCAAGAGCAAAAAGAUAUGCAGUAUUUUGUAUGAUAAGAUUAGGGUAAAUAUAGGCCUAAUCAUAAAUAGUGUCACUCAUUCUGUAAUAUCCAAGAACAAUUAUUUCAACGGUUGUAAUUUUUAUAUGGUACUUACUGUGCUAGAAAAGAACAGUAUCUCUAGUCAUCCAGUUUCUACGAAAGUGAUCAUCAGGCCACUCAAGUACUACUAGUGAACACACAAUUCUGGGUACUGCACUGUUCCCCUCUCCAUCCUGCUACCUCUUCAGUCAUUACAGAAGAUGAUGGUUUUGUAAGAUAAAAUAUAAUUCUGAUACAUACAAUAGAAGGGACAUAAUAGUGCCACGAAAAUUGAAAAUGAUGAACAUGUUAUCUACUACUGUUUAUAUAUUCAUUCAUUUCGGAAGACAAUUCAAGAAAUAGAAACUUUCGAAUAAAUGCAAGUUUUUAUGUAAAGUGCCACAUUGUCUGUUGAUGGUCUGUACUGGAUGGAAUCACAAAUGGUUAUAUACAAUUACAAUUAUUUGUUUCAAAACAAUUUUAACAACAAAAAUUAUUCAAAUACAAUUUUUUAUGUAAAGUGCCACAAAUGUACCGUAUCGUAAAUGAAAAUAAGAGUAACAUUCAAUAAAGAUGUGUUAUUAAGAUCAA